AUUUCUCCUCUCUUUCUCCAAGUAUCUAUUGAUCGAUGGCCCUCAGAAGCAGCCAUCAUCAAAGAAGUACACUCUUGACCCGGCCCGGCCCGGCCCGGCCCAAAUCCGGGACCAGUUUCCAGUAAAAGCCCACAAAUCCCCGUAAUAUCAUAGCUAACAGCCAAAUCUUUACUCCCCCGCUACUCCCACAUCGCCCAUCGCAUGAAAUCUCUACAAAGCACACAACCUGUUCGGCAAAAUUCCACACUGAAUGAAUCUGCAUUUUCUCUCCAACCUCCACUGCUUUUAUCCGUUCCAACCCAUCAAAGCCAAUUCUAUCGUCGAUACUCAAUCCCCAUUCACAGUCUCGGCCGCCUCCUCUCGCCAGAAACUCCCCAAAAACCUCCGUAGUCCUCGUCGAGCUAAGCUCCCACCUGAACCCAUUCUCUACAGUCCACCCCCGAGAAAACAAGAAGAAGAACAAAACCGAUUGAAACAACCCUCUAAAGAUAAAGAUACCGUCGAAUGGAGCCCUGAUGAGCUUGAGGCAAUCUCAUCGCUCUUCGAGCGAAGAAUGCCUCAGAAAAGACCCAUUAACAACCGACAAGUGAAACCUCGGCCUCUGCCUCUCCCUUUACCUUACAAGACUCGGCCGCCAUUGGUUCCUACUCCGAAACACCACAUUCGGGUUGCUGCUAGGUUGACUCUUGCUACACGAGCAUCAGUCAGCGAUCAAGUGAGAAAGAACCCUGAAGCCCUAAUCGGCAUUGCUAGAGACAUUGGUGCACUUAGUGCGGAGUCUGAUGUAUCUGAGGUUCUUGAUGGGUGGUUGAGAUUUCUACGAAAGGGGUCUUUGUCGAUGACUAUUCGAGAAUUGGGCCACAUGGGCCUCCCUGAUCGAGCCCUUCAGACUUUUCUAUGGGUCCAAAAGCACGGCCCGUUAUUGUUUCCGGAUGAUAGAACACUUGCUUCUACUGUCGAAGUAUUGGCAAGAUAUGGGAAAUUGAAGACUGAAUUUGAAUCGGAGAAGUUUUUGAACUCUGCUAGUAGAAAUGUGAUUGAAUCAAUGGUGAGAGGGUUUAUAAGAGCGAGGAAUUUGAGCUGGGCACGGAAGCUUCUGUUGAUUGCUAAACAAAAUAACAGGACAUUGGAUUCGAGUGUUUAUGUGAAAUUGAUCCUUGAAGCUGCAAAAAAUCCAGAUGGGUAUAAGCUUUCUUCGAUAUUGCUUGACGAGCUUGCAGAAAGAGAAGAGUUAGAUUUGAGGCCACAAGAUUGUACUGCUGUAAUGAAAGUGUGUAUUAAACUCAAAAAGUUUGAAGCGGUUGAGAGUCUCUUCAUUUGGUACAAAAAUUCAGGAAAAGAACUGACAUUGGUGAUGUACACAACUGUAAUUUAUAGCAGAUACUGUGAAGAGAAGUAUAGAGAAGGAUUGGCUUUGGUUUGGGAGAUGGAAGGACUGAACUUGCUAUUGGAUCUUCCAGCUUAUCGGGUUGUGAUAAGGUUGUGUGUUGCUCUGAAUGAUCUUGAGAGGGCUGCUAGGUAUUUCUCGAGGUUGAAGGAGGCUGGUUUUGUGCCUAGUUAUGAUAUAUAUCGAGACAUGAUUCAUGCUUAUGGAGUUUCGAGGAGGUUGGCAAAGUGUAGAGAGAUUAGCAAGGAAGUGGAGAUGGCAGGGCUGAGGUUGGAUAAAGAAACAGUUGCUCUUCUUUUAGAGAUAGAAGCAGCAGAAGUUUAAGUUUAGGGUUAACGGCGGCUGGUGUGUCCCUACACAGUGCUGACUGGUGAGACGCGACACAUUCAAAUAUAUUCCGAUGAUCGCUGAUGGCUGAAUGUGUACCGCACCAGCGAACUCAUUGGCAAAACACUACAGAGGGACGCACGGUAGCGGAAUACAGACGGAUCAUCAAAGACGGAAGCCUUCCGUCUUUGGUGUGUACAUUGCAGACGGAUCCUAUACUAACCCUGUUACUCUAUCGUAACGACAACCGUAGGUAUCCUCAGGUAUCACGACACGACACGCUGUAAUAUAUUCAUGAUUACCGAAACGGAUAUAUAUAUAUAUAUAUAU